AUGGCGACCGACCAGGCUGCCGAAAAGGAGCUCCAAUCUUCCUUGCUCCGCAUCUCGAUCAUCUGCGCAUCUUCGAUCCAGUCGCUUCGUGAACCCGUCCAAUCCACCAUACUCUCCGCCGAUGCUCAGCAAGCAUCCUCUUCAACGUCGUUGCCACCAACAGCGGAAAAGCUCUCGUCGCAGAUCGUCUCGGAUCUUACCCAGCUCCUCACUCUUGUGCAAAAGACGACCACCAACCUCGCCCUUGCCAUCAAGCCCAGCACCAAGUCGACAUCAGCCCAGCCUGCUCCUUCGUCUUCGUCUGCCGAGUCUCCCGUGUCAGGUCUCGACGCAAAAUCUCUCGAGGCUGCUCAAGCACAGAUCGUCUCGCUGGGCUCAGACCUCCUUCCCAAGAUCGUUUUCCUCGCAAAGAAAGCCUGGAAGGAUCGCGAAGUCUUCCAGCAGCGUCCGAAAGCCAACGCCGAUGAUCCGGUCCAGAUCGAGGAGAGGCGCAAACUCGAACAGCUCGCCAGAGACAUGGGCGGCCAGAUCAUGUCGGCUGACCAGCUCGGCUUGCCACCUUCGCAGAGGGACGACCUCGACAAGAAGCUCGAGUACUCGCUCGGCAACUCGUUCGCUCGCGAGAUUCGCUCUGCUGUAGAAGAUGUGAUCGGGUCCAUCGCAGACCUUCUCCAUUCCCUCCUCGAUGACCGUGCCAGAAAGGCGCUCGAACAUGCGUCCCAAGCACGCGACCGUGCCGACGGUCUCGUCGCCAGCGUAGGCAAAAAGCUUGAAUCGCUCUCCGUCAACGGCAGCACUGAUCUAGCAGAACUCCGCAAGCGCACCCUCGCGGCCAACAACCUCGUUUGGGAGACGUGUGCCAAGUACAUUGGCGAACGAAACGCCGACGGCACUCCACACACCAUCACCUCGGUCGGUCCUAGCGGCGUCCGCACCAAGGUUCACGUCAAAGGUCUCAGCAAGUCCAACCUCGAAGCAAGCAAGCGCAGCUGGAACAACCGCGUCGAGCUUAUGCGCGACGGUCUCGAUGAACUCAAAGAGGGUAUCGAAGCAGAUCACUCGCAUGCCAACGGAGCUGACGAGGAUGACGAGGCAGACGAGUUCGCCUUCCCCGCCGCUACGCCCCUGUCUCCAGACCAGAAGGACCGCCUUCGUCAGCUUUCCAACCUGGUCAAGAUGGGCAACCUCACGCACGAGACCAUCCUCAAGGAGGUCGCAAAGUCUGGUGCCGCUCACAGCAGCAUCGACCUCGAUGAAGUCGAGGAGCUCGGCAAGCAGCUUGAAGAGGCUCAGGACGAGCUCGUCGCUGCGUGCCUGUAUGGCGAGGCAGAUGCUGGCCUCGAAAUGAAGAUGUUUGACCAUGACGCUAAUAUCCAAGAUGCAGAAGGCGGCGCAAACGGCGUCGAUGGAGACGACGAAGAUGCAGAUCUUACCGAAGAGCAGGCCAUCGAAAAAGCCAUCCUGCGCACGUUUGAGCAGUAUGUCCAGGCCAUCGUCAGCCUUUCGGCCUACGUCACUGACCGAGACGAGUUGGUGGAAAAGGUCAACAUCGCUUGCGCAACCGACGAGGAGGGCGACUUCGCCCACGUCUUUGCCGCCAAGUUCAACCAGCUUUCCAAGGUGCUCUCCGAAGCCAGCUCCAACAUCGUUGUUCGUCUAUCAUCGGCAUCUGAUUCUGCGAACACCACCGCACCUCGCUCGAGCGUACAGCACAAAGCGGUCGUUCAGGCUAACGAUGACUUCAAGACCGAAGUCUUUGUUCAGGAGCUUCAAUCGAUCGCCGACAAGAUCGGAUCCGGUGCCAAGGUGACGGAUCGUGCUGUCGCCGAGCAUCUCGACAGCGCUGAUCCCUUGCACCGCAUGCGGGAAGGAUACAUUCUCCCCAAAUUCAGGGACGUGUGCAGCAAGGACUACACAUCCACUUCGAGCGAGACAGCUGCUGAUGCAGAGUCGCUGUACAUGUGCGGUAACUCGCUCGGCCCGCUCUCACGUCUUGGCAAGAAGUACCUCGAGCAAGAGAUCGAGGCGUGGGGCCGUAUGGCUGUGCUGGGUCACUUCGAGCACCCCUACGGCACACCGUGGACGCAAAUGGAGAAGCGUGUCGGCGAGCUCUGCGCCGACGUGGUGGGAGCCAAGCAAUCCGAAGUCGUGGUGAUGGGUACCUUGACGGGCAAUCUGCACUCGCUCAUGGCCACUUUCUACCGUCCAGCCACCAAGCCGUUCGGCGUCGAUUUCGCUGGUGACGUCGAAGCGGCCAAAAAGCAGGGUAAGAAGGUCAAGCACAAGAUCAUCUUUGAGCAGAAAGCGUUCCCAUCAGAUCAGUAUGCGCUCGCCUCUGUGAUCGAGCUCAAUGGUUUCGACCCCAAGACGUCAAUGGUGCCUCUCGUGCCCAAGGAAGGGUCAAAGACGCUCGAGACUGCCGACAUUUUGGCGACAAUCGAAAAGUGCGGCAAGGAAGGCGAGACAGCCAUGGUGCUCAUCGGCGGCAUCCAGUACUUCACGGGCCAGCUAUUCGAGCUCGAGAAGCUGGCAGCCAAAGCGCACGAAUACGGCAUCCUGUUUGGUGUCGACCUCGCCCACGCAUUCGCCAAUGUUCCGCUUGCGCUUCACGACUGGGGCGUCGACUUUGCCUGCUGGUGCACGUACAAGUACGGUUCGUCCGGGCCAGGUGGCAUCGCCGGUCUCUUUGUGCACGAAAAGUGGCACAAGGCCGAUCUGACAAGGCAAGCAGGCUGGUGGGGACACGAGAAGGAGACGCGCUUCUCGAUGCCAGACACGUUUGUGCCGACGAAAGGUGCCGAAGGCUGGCAGACCUCGAACCCGUCGAUGCUCGAUAUGGCUUCCCUCAAGGGAUCUUUGGAGACGCUGCUGAAGGCGACCGAGUACGGAGAGCGCAACAGUAGCGACCAAGGGAUGUCGGGCGAUGGCAAGCAUGGCAGGGGAACGAUUAUGCCCAUCCUGAGAAGCAAGAGUCUGCGUCUCACGGCGUACCUCGAAACGUUGCUGCUCACUCCUGGCUUUUUGCCCGACGGAUUCGACAUCCGUAUCGUCACACCCACAGACCCGCUGCAGAGAGGCAGUCAGCUGUGCAUUCAGAUCCCCGACCCCACCAAUGGUGCCGAGCAGAAACCCGAGCAGAAGCAGCAGCAGGCCGAGCAGCCAAAGACCAAUGGCAAGGAUGUGCCGCCUCCGAUCGACGGCAAGCGUCUCAUCGCAAGGGCGCACAAGAGGGCGGAAAAGCAGCGUGGUCUGGUGGCCGACAUCAGGCACCCGGACAUGCUGCGUCUGGCACCGUUGGCGCAGUUCUCGACGUUUACGGAUGUGUGGAGGACCGCAGACGUGCUCAGGCAGAGUCUGUUGGACGAGGUCGAGGCUGACAAGUCUGCUUAA